AUGUGCAGCUGCGGCGGCGGCGCCGGCCACGAAGAGGACGGGGGCAGGCGCCGUGCGAACCGAGCCGAGCCAGCCGGGGGACGCGGGCAGGGCGAAACGGGGGCCCAGACUUGGCUGCCGCUGCCGUCGCCGUCGUACGCGGCCCCCUGCCCCGCCCGCGAGGGCAGCCGCACGAGGACUCGCCGGAACACGCCCCGCGCCCGCCAGCCCCGCCCCCGCACGGCCGCGACAAGGCCCGGGGCAUGGUCCGCCUUCUUAAAAGAAGACGGCCAGGCGCCCCAUGUCCGCGGGCGGGGGGGCGGGCGGAGUGCGGCACAACCAACACACCCGCACAGCCGCGGGGGCCCCCCCUCCGGCGGCCUCGUCCUGCCCCGUGCUUCCGAGCUGAAGCGAGCGGGCCCACGGCGCCGCGCCAGCCCCGAGGGCUGCCGGUCCGGGCAGGCGGCGGCUUCCCAGGCCGGCGGGGCGCGCGGCGAUGCGCGCGGGGCGCAGCUCUGGUCGCCCGGCUCGGACCCAGAUGGCGGCCCGCGCGACAGGAACUUUCUCUUCGUGGGAGUUAUGACCGCCCAGAAAUACCUGCAGACCCGCGCCGUGGCCGCCUACAGAACAUGGUCCAAGACAAUUCCUGGGAAAGUUCAGUUCUUCUCAAGUGAGGGUUCUGACACAUCUAUACCAAUUCCAAUAGUGCCACUACGGGGUGUGGAUGACUCCUACCCGCCCCAGAAGAAGUCCUUCAUGAUGCUCAAGUACAUGCACGACCACUACUUGGACAAGUAUGAAUGGUUUAUGAGAGCAGAUGAUGACGUGUACAUCAAAGGAGACCGUCUGGAGAAUUUCCUGAGGAGUUUGAAUAGCAGCGAGCCCCUCUUUCUUGGGCAGACAGGCCUGGGCACCACGGAAGAAAUGGGAAAACUGGCCCUCGAGCCUGGUGAGAACUUCUGCAUGGGGGGGCCUGGCGUGAUCAUGAGCCGGGAGGUACUUCGGAGAAUGGUGCCGCACAUUGGCAAGUGUCUCCGGGAGAUGUACACCACCCAUGAGGACGUGGAGGUGGGAAGAUGUGUCCGGAGGUUUGCAGGGGUGCAGUGUGUAUGGUCUUAUGAGAUGCAGCAGCUUUUUUAUGAGAAUUAUGAACAGAACAAAAAGGGGUACAUUAGAGAUCUCCAUAACAGUAAAAUUCACCAAGCUAUCACAUUACACCCCAACAAAAACCCACCGUACCAGUACAGGCUCCACAGCUACAUGCUCAGCCGCAAGAUCGCCGAGCUCCGCCAUCGCACAAUACAGCUGCACCGCGAGAUUGUCCUGAUGAGCAAAUACAGCAACACAGAAAUUCAUAAAGAGGACCUCCAGCUGGGAAUCCCGCCCUCCUUCAUGAGGUUUCAGCCCCGCCAGCGAGAGGAGAUUCUGGAAUGGGAGUUUCUGACUGGAAAAUACUUGUAUUCGGCAGUUGACGGCCAGCCCCCUCGAAGAGGAAUGGAUUCCGCUCAGAGGGAAGCCUUGGACGACAUUGUCAUGCAGGUCAUGGAGAUGAUCAAUGCCAACGCCAAGACCAGAGGGCGCAUCAUUGACUUCAAGGAGAUCCAGUACGGCUACCGCCGGGUGAACCCCAUGUACGGGGCUGAGUACAUCCUGGACCUGCUGCUUCUGUACAAAAAGCACAAAGGGAAGAAAAUGACAGUCCCUGUGAGAAGGCAUGCGUAUUUACAGCAGACUUUCAGCAAGAUCCAGUUUGUGGAGCAUGAGGAGCUGGAUGCACAGGAGUUGGCCAAGAGAAUCAAUCAGGAAUCUGGAUCCUUGUCCUUUCUCUCAAACUCCCUGAAGAAGCUUGUCCCCUUUCAGCUCCCUGGGUCGAAGAAUGAGCACAAAGAACCCAAAGAUAAAAAGAUAAACAUACUGAUUCCUUUGUCUGGGCGUUUCGACAUGUUUGUGAGAUUUAUGGGAAACUUUGAGAAGACAUGUCUUAUCCCCAAUCAGAACGUCAAGCUCGUGGUUCUGCUUUUCAAUUCUGACUCCAACCCCGACAAGGCCAAACAAGUUGAACUGAUGAGAGAUUACCGCAUUAAGUAUCCUAAAGCCGACAUGCAGAUUUUGCCUGUGUCUGGAGAGUUUUCAAGAGCCCUGGCCCUGGAGGUAGGAUCUUCGCAGUUUAACAAUGAAUCUUUGCUCUUCUUCUGCGACGUCGACCUCGUAUUUACUACAGAAUUCCUUCAGCGAUGUCGAGCAAAUACAGUUCUGGGCCAACAAAUAUAUUUUCCAAUCAUCUUCAGCCAGUAUGACCCAAAGAUUGUUUAUAGUGGGAAAGUUCCCAGUGACAACCAUUUUGCCUUUACUCAGAAAACUGGCUUCUGGAGAAACUAUGGGUUUGGCAUCACGUGUAUUUAUAAGGGAGAUCUUGUCCGAGCGGGCGGCUUUGAUGUUUCCAUCCAAGGCUGGGGGCUGGAGGAUGUGGACCUUUUCAACAAGGUUGUCCAGGCAGGUUUGAAGACGUUUAGGAGCCAAGAAGUAGGAGUAGUCCACGUCCACCAUCCUGUCUUUUGUGAUCCCAAUCUUGACCCCAAACAGUACAAAAUGUGCUUGGGUUCCAAAGCAUCGACCUAUGGGUCCACACAGCAGCUGGCUGAGAUGUGGCUAGAAAAAAAUGAUCCAAGUUACAGUAAAAGCAGCAAUAAUAAUGGCUCAGUGAGGACAGCCUAAUGUCCAGCAUUGCUGGAAAAGACAUUUUUAAUUAUCUAAUUUAUUUUUCAAAAAUUUUUUGUAUGAUCAGUUUUUGAAGUCCGUAUACAAGGGUAUAUUUUACAAGUGGUUUUCUUACAUAGGACUCCUUUAAGAUUGAGCUUUCUGAACAAGAAUGUGAUCAGUGUUUGCCUUUGAACACAUCUUCUUGCUGAACAUUAUGUAGCAGACCUGCUUAACUCUGACUUGAAAUGUACCUGGUGAACAAAACUUUUUUAAAGAAAUGUUUUCUUUUGAGACCCUUUGCGCCAGUCCUAUGGCAGAAAACGUGAACAUUCCUGCAAAGUAUUAUUGUAACAAAACACUGUAACUCUGGUAAAUGUUCUGUUGUGAUUGUUAACAUUCCACAGAUUCUA